CGCGCCCAACCGCUCAAGGUCUCCGCCUGCCCGUUCUCCGGCGCUCAGGCAUCACCACGCUCCAAGCAGCAUCUCGCUCGAUGCGCAUCGACGGCUCGCAGGCAGCGCAACUCUGGCGGCUGUGUGUAGUCGUUAGCCGCCAAAGUGCGAGUUUUAGCUGGCCUUUCUAGCUCGUUCGCGUCGCGUGCCCAUCGAUCUCGUGAGGGACCGAGACGGUGCAGAGCAGAUAUUAUGUGGGCGGAUGCGGCACGCGCUGGCCCGACGACUGGCCCGACGAUCGUGUCUCUGCGCCAGCGUCGUUGAAGGACAAGCGCUCGUAGUACAAGGCGAUGGCGUGCGUCCACGAGGCAGCAGAGCACCUUGGUAGCGUCGGACGCACGACGCCAUCCGCAGUGCCCCUUCCUCGCAUCCACUAUGUAGCCGACCACGGUGGCGACCAGGAUGACGUGGUGGCGCCAUCUGGUCGAGCCUUUUCGAACGUGUUGCUUUUUUCUUCUUCUCUGUCCGCAGUGGACGUCGCGAGGCUUCUUCCAGCUGCACACUGCAUGGCGAUGACCCUCGGCGAGCGCAUCACGCCAACACGAUUACGGCAGCGACAUGGCACCCACAACGUCGGCGAAGACAUGACGACCGUCAAUGGGCGCGUGCCAUGGCCAUGUUCGCAGCCAUCAUCAUCAUCAUGUACUCUGUCGUUGCGGCGUGUCGUCAGCUGCUGAGCCCAGCGCGUGGGUGCUAGUGGCCAGUCACAGUCCACUGCAACCAGCUCGCGCCACCCGCGCGUGCGGCGACCGCGGUGCCUGGUCAAAUAUCGCAGCCGUCGGUCGCACCGUCGGAGAACCAGAGAAGGAGAAGGAGGUCGUCUUCGUCGUUGAUGCGACCUGAUGAGGUCAGUGUUCUGGGUGGCGGUCCCACGGUGGAAUUUUGCGCCUCAGAUCAAGGCAGUGCACAACAGUGGGACGCGUGAUCGGUCGGCCAUCGACGCCGAGCGUCAAAGAGCAAGUUGCCUUGAGAUGACCAAGUCGAAUUACUUUGUCGAAGGCGUGAUUGCCAAGGCGCUGUACGGCCAAGUGCUGCUCUGUCGCAACGAGAAAGGUGGGCGCGCCGCGGUCAAGCGCGUCGACCUCUCCAUCUCGGGCACGCGGCCGUCGGACCUCGACGACCUCGACGAGAUGAGCGUGCGCGACGAGAUCGAGGCCGAGAAGCACGUCAACCUCGUGCUGCAGAAGCACCGCCACCGCAACCUCGUGGCCAUGGACGACCACUUUGAGGUCGACGGCUUCCAACACUUUGUCUUCGAGUACUGCGCGAACGGCGAGCUCUUUGACGCGCUCAAGCACGCCAAGGGCGGUCGCUUCAGCGAGCUCCGCGCCUUGCACUACUUUCGCCAGAUCGUAGCCGGCGUGCACCACAUGCACCGCCAUGGCUACGCGCACCGCGACCUCUCGCUCGAGAACGUUCUCUUGACCAAAGACAAUGUGUGCAAGGUCUGCGACUUUGGCCUCGCCGUGCCGCUGCCGGGCGUGGCCACCGAGACGGUCGGGAAGCUCAACUACAUGGCGCCCGAAGUGCACGCGGGCGACGUCUACGACCCGGCGCUCGCCGACGUGUGGUCGCUUGGCAUGAUGCUCUUCAUCAUGCUCUCGGGCGUGCCCCUUGUCGACGUGCCGAGCGACAGCGAUCGGCGGUUCACGAUUCUGCACGAAUAUGGCGUCGAGGCCAUCGUGGGCAUGUGGCACAUGGAACACCUCAUCUCGCAUGCGAUCCUCGACCUCCUCCAGUCGAUGCUCCUCGUGCAUCCAAGCAAGCGCGCGACCAUCGCGCAGGUCAAGCGGUACCUUGACACGAUGGACCGCCCGGAGGUCCCGCCGCCGCCGCCGAUGCAGAGCCGCGGCAAGGCCAAGAAGCCAAAGAAGGUGGCAACCAAGCUCAAGCAGCCGAUGGUCGGCGGUGGCAAGUGGCGCAGCCUCUUCCAGCGCUGGUUCUGAGCACCGGGAUAUCACACUAUUUAUACACACUCACUAUUUUAUGCUCCCACAACGUGUGUUUUCCAUCGCAUCCCACCAACACACAUGAUACGCACACCAAAAAAUUAAAUCCCAC